AUGUAAUUGCUACGUAUUUGCCAGUAGCUCGUAGCUUUGCUAACGUCGAUAAAACCAAAAGAGCAGAAGAACAAGAAGAACAAGAAAACAACCAAGAUAAAAGAAUAAUACCUGGAACUACCAGCUGAACUCCAGCGUGAUUUACGGCAAGUUGGGCUCGCUAGACGGCCAGUACAGUCAAUUUACGUUUUUUUGUUUACACAUCAGGCAAAAUGGGGAAGCGACAACACCAGAAAGAUAAAAUGUACAUAACAUGUGCGGAGUAUACCCAUUUCUAUGGUGGGAAAAGACCAGAUAUACCGCAGGGGAACUUCAGGCGUCUUCCAUUUGACCACUGUAGCUUGUCCCUUCAGCCGUUUGAAUACCCAAUGUGCACACCAGAGGGAAUCGUCUUUGACUUGCUGAGCAUCGUUCCCUGGAUUAAAAAGUAUGGUACAAAUCCUAUCUCUGGCGAGAAAUUGGAAGCCAAGUCCCUAAUCAAGCUUCAUUUCAGCAAAAACAACGAUGGGAAAUAUCAUUGCCCAGUCCUGUACACUGUCUUCACAAACAAUUCCCAUAUUGUUACCAACAAGGUCACCGGCAAUGUUUUCUCAAAUGAGGCGGUGGAGCAGCUGAACAUCAAAACCAAGAGUUACAGAGAUCUCUUAACGGAUGAGCCAUUUACCCGUCAGGACCUUAUCACUCUGCAGGACCCCACAAACCUGGACAAGUUCAACGUGUCCGACUUUUUCCACGUCAAAAACAACUUGAAAGUUCUCGACCCAGAUGAAGAGAAAGCCAAGCUGGACCCUGCCUAUCACCUUAAAACAACCAAUCUGGAGACCCAAGAAACACUGGCAGAGCUCUACAAAGAGUACAAGGGAGACAAACUUCUGGCGUCCACCAUGAAAGAGCCCGUAGCCAAGAAGACGGACAAGCUGAACGCUGCUCACUACUCGACCGGCAGAGUGUCGGCCUCCUUUACGUCCACAGCCAUGGCCCCCGCCACCGUCCACGAAGCCGACGCCAUCACAGAAGACACCGUGCGUUACCAGUACGUCAAGAAGAAAGGCUACGUCCGCCUGCACACCAACAAGGGCGACCUUAACCUCGAGCUGCACUGCGACAAGGUCCCUAAAGCAGGGGAGAACUUCAUCCGCUUGUGCAAGAAGGGCUACUACGACGGAACGGUGUUCCACCGGUCCAUCAGGAACUUCAUGGUUCAAGGGGGCGACCCGACCGGCACGGGGACGGGAGGGGAGUCGUAUUGGGGGCGACCCUUUAGAGAUGAGUUCAAGCCCAACCUCUCCCACACGGGUCGAGGGGUGCUCAGCAUGGCCAACUCGGGGCCCAACACCAACAAGUCCCAGUUCUUCAUCACCUUCCGGUCGUGCGCCUACCUGGACAGGAAACACACGGUGUUCGGGAGGGUCGUGGGCGGCUUCGAGGCCCUCUCGGCCAUCGAGAGGGUGGAGAGCGACCCCAAGACGGACAAGCCCCACUCGGAGAUCAAGAUCAUCACCGCCACCGUGUUCGUCAACCCCUACGAAGAGGCCGACGCCCAGAUCGCGGCGGAGCGCGAGCAGGAGCUCCAGAAGCAGGAGGAGGAGCGACGGCAGACGGACGCCUCUCUGAAGAAGCCCAAAGCAGAACAGGCCCCCCAGACUUUCAAGCCUGGCGUGGGGAAGUACAUCAACCCUGCAGCAGCAACCAAGCGCUCAGCUCCAGCCAACGACAGUGGACCAUCUACCAGCGGAGUGACCGCUAAGAAACCUAAAGGCAAAACUGGCUUGGGAGACUUCAGCUCUUGGUAGCACAGCCACAGUUUACCUAGGCCAGUAUAACCCCCUUUUAUUUUACUUUAAUUUCAACCAUCUAUCUACCUAUCCUUCCCUUGGCCCCAAAUAUGACUAUUCUUGUGUAUUUUAAACAUUUGCUUCUAAGUUUUGUCACUAGGUUAUAGAGCCGUCUUCAGACGGUAAAUCUUUUAUUUUGUAAAAUAAUUCCAAUUCUCAGCUUCGAUGGAUGAUAUUGUACUUUCGUAAAUUCAACAUUCAUAAUAAAAUAAAAUCAUUCUCAAUAAAAGUU